AUGGGCAACCCAAUGACUGACGAAGAAUUAUUGCGUUUGUUAGAAAAUUCAGAUGAUGAUUUUGGCUUAAGUUCUGGUACUGAUUUGGGGGAAGGGGAUUCUGGUGAUGAUGAUUUUGAUCCAGAAUGGUCACUUCCGAUAUCACAAACCAAUAAUACAGUACAACAAGAAGAGGAAAAUAUAUCAGAUGUACCUAUUAUUUCUUCAUCGAGUUAUACAUGGAGUAAUAGACCACCUAUAGUGACACAUAUCGCGUUUUCAAAAUCCAAAGGAUUGAAGGUUUUUCCGCAAGGAAAUGACCCUAUUGAUUAUUUUAAUCUAUUAUUUGAUGAUAGACUUUUCGAGUUAUUAGUUAACGAAACCAAUAAAUAUGCAGUUGAAGUUUUUUUAUCUGGAUCUGGGGGUCCAUCAUCUCGAAUUUCUACGCGGAAAGAUACAAAUAUACCCGAAAUGAAACUUUUUAUUGGUUUACUUUUUCACACUGGAACUAUAAGAGUCAAUCGUUUGGAAGAUUAUUGGAAGACAAGCGAGUUAUUCAACUUGAAUUUUUUUCGGCAAUAUAUGAGUAGAAAUCGUUUUAUAUUACUUUUGAGAAAUUUGCAUUUUACUGAAAGUGAAUAUGAUGUGAACAAUCGCCUGAAUAAAAUUGAACCGAUAGUAACAUAUUUCAAUAAUAAAAUGACAGAUGUUUAUGAACCUUCUGAAAAUUUAGCACUCGAUGAGUCAAUGGUUUUAUAUCGGGGUAGAUUAGUUUUCCGGCAAUACAUCAAAAAUAAGCGCCAUAAGUAUGGUAUCAAACUGUACAUGCUCACAGAAUCCGGUGGGUUAGUCCACAGAAUUAUGAUAUACUCUGGACAAGGAAAUGAUACGUCUGACGAUUUUACUUAUACAGAAUAUGUUGUCGUAAAAUUAAUGGAAGGACUUACUGGGUGUGGUCGAUCAUUGUAUAUGGACAAUUAUUACAAUAGUGUAAAGCUAGCUCACAUACUUCUAACAAAAGGAACAUAUUGUACAGGAACUUUGCGAGCCAAUAGAAAAAGAAACCCUAAAGAAAUAACUUUGAAAAAAUUAAAAGUAGGAGAAAGUGUUGGAAAGUAUACCAAGGAAGGCGUAUGUGUGAUGAAAUGGCGAGACAGACGAGAAGUUUUAGCUAUAAGCUCUGAGCACACUAAUGAUUUAGUUGAAGUUACUAACAGAAGAGGAGAUCAAAAAUUGAAACCUAAGGCAAUUUCUAUGUAUAACAAAUAUAUGUCGGGAAUUGAUAGACAAGACCAAAUGCUAUCAUACUACCCAUGCGAAAGAAAAACUGUAAGGUGGUACAAAAAAAUCGGGAUUCAUUUUUUUAAAUUAUUUUUGCUAAAUGCCGAUUACUUAUACGUAGAAAACGUAAAAAAAUGUAGUCUGUAUGAUUUUAGACUUUCCGUUAUUACAGCAUUGGUAAAAAAUAAAACCAGCAUAAAUGUUCCUCCAAUACUUCCUAAUAAAAAAAGCACGCACUAUCCUACAAAAGUACCAAAAAACGAAAAAAAAAAUAUAUUAGAAAAAGAUGUAAGGUUUGCCAUUCAAACGGCACACGGAAAACAACAAUAUUUUAUUGUAGCAGUUGUGAAGGUCAACCUGGUCUAUGCAUUGAAAACUGUUUCGAAAUUUAUCAUGCAUAAUCAAUUUAUUGUACCAUCUAAAAGUAAAGUGGACCAAUUCAAUAAAGCUGUUGUUGAAAUGGUUGCAGAAGAUAUGCAACCAUUAUCAAUCAUAGAGAACAAGGGAUUCAGAAAACUUAUUAACCUACUUGAUUCACGUUAUAAGUUGCUUAGCCGCAAACUCAUUGGAACUAUGCUUAUACCAAAUUUGUAUGAAUCAACUCGAAAGAUGAUUGAAACUAUUUUGUUUCAUAGAAAAUAUGUAUCACUUACAUCAGAUAUUUGGAAUUUAACCACAAGAAAACUAGAAUUUAGUCAUACAGCACAGUACUUAUCUGAAGUACUAAAAGAUAUUAUUAGAGAGUGGAAAAUAGAAAUAAAAGUUACAGCAAUUGUGACAAACUCUGGUGCAAAUAUUAAGGCAGCAACAAAAAUUACUAAAAAUUGA